AUGUGCCCCCAACCAUUAUCGAUACCGGUCACGAACCUAGGUUGCCUGGCUGCAGCAAGUACACGGUCAAGGAGGCCAGCAAUAGCGUUUCUCUAUAAUAGCAGACAGCCUGCUCGUUCCCAAGGGCAUCACCUACAAGGCUAUCCUGCCUCACUUAACACACUUGCAGCGACAAUGGCAACCGACAUGCUCCAAGCUGAGCCUUUUCAGGCCGCCGAGGAUCAACACUUGGACUCAGCGCCCCAAGUUCAAACUCCUCUGACCAAGUCUGGAGUGGGACAUAUCACAAACCCGGAAGCGGCAGAGGCGCGCUUCAGAAAGGGCGACCUGGUGCGCAAGAAGGCAUCGGCGUCCACUGGUGCUCAAACCAAGGCUGCCUACUCGAUUUAUGCGAGUAGGAACAGCCCGCAUGGGUGGGUCGAGUAUCAGCUCAAAGACUUCUAUACGCACAAAGUAGACGAAACCGAAAACAAGCGGCCUGGAGUCUUAAAACGCGUCACAGGUUCAUUUCGCUCAGAGCCAGACCCCAUAUUCGUGACUGAAACUAACACCCGAACACUGGAAGGAACACCCAACGGCUUCCCAAGGCUUGCAGCGUUUCAGGCUAGUGAUACAAACUUCGCACUUUAUCGAUCCUUCAGUUACUUACACUCACGAGUCCUGCUUGAUCUACAGGAUGAGAUUACUUCCUUAGAAGCAGAGCUUGAUGAAAUCGACUUGGAGGACUCUUUCGAAGACCAGCGUCGUCUGAUGUCAAGAGACUACGAUGCUAGCCAACCUCAUGAUGAAGGAGCGCCUCGGAGCCGCCGAGUCGUACUUCGCGAAAUUAAAAUCAAGCUAUUAGAAUAUGAUGAGGUGCUUAUGAAAGCAAGAGACCUUCAGUCUUUUCAAAAGCCGUCAGACCGAAACUAUCGCAGCUUACGACGCUACUGCUACAAGAAGAAGCCUCUUUUGGAUGAAGGGCUUGAAUCCAUUCGUACUAAAGAGGACAUGGUUACCAUUCACAACGGCCGCGAGUGGGCAACCUUUGAUGGCGGUGUUGAAACCGUCAUAGGACAAACAGACAAGUUCCUUCAGAAGGUAUUCCGAACGAAAACACCUCCACUACAGAAGUACUUUCGGACCCCGGAAGCACAAGAGAAGACCACCGAUCCCGACAUCUCAUACUACAGCAGCUCGCGCAUUGACAAGCUGGUCAACAUCCUAAUAACCUUCAUCAUAUUCUGUCUGCUCGUGAUACCAGUCAUCACCAUGUACCAGUUGACGAACACGGCUGCGCACAUUGAGAUUGACCCUUCGGGUAACUCGACCACGACGAGCACCAUCGAUACUAACAAGCGAGACACUUUCAAUGCGGUGGCCUCCAAAUCUUUCACAAUGUCGUCCUUGACCAGCGUCUCCACCGCACAACCAGGCGUCUUUUCUCAAGUACCCGCAGACAUCGUCGUACCACUCCAUAGCCGUGAUGACACGAAUCAGAACAGAAAUAUCUCCAUUGAGUUCACCAUGCGUUUUGACGACGUCCUUGAUUCACAGAAGCUAGUCGACUCGCUGUGGAAACUGCUCGAGAAACCUGGCUGGAACAAAGUAGGAGCGCGGUUGCGCCUCAGCACAACAAAUGGUAGACUCGAAUACCAUAUACCAUCACAUUACACCAAGGAACGUCCACCGGUCAACUUUACUCAGAAGACAUACGACAUGAGGUUUGAGGAGCAUCCCAUCGGCCGCAAAUUUCCGGUGGUAGAUGAACACAACGACAGUGUCCAAUCCUUUGACGUACUAGACUCCCUUCGUGAGAUUACGCAGACAGAAAACAGCACUACGGUCCUCGACGACUGGAUCCAUACAGAUAAAGCACAGCUCGGCUUGCACGUUGUGAGCUUCAAGGAUACUACGCUUGUCACCCUCACUUGGUUGCACACGCUUCUUGACGCGAUGGGGCGACAAGCGCUCCUAAAGGCGUGGCAGGCGGUCCUGGAGGGCAGGGAUGACGAUGUGCCAGAGUUCUGGGGGUUUGAUUUCGACCCACUGGCACAGCUUGGAGCGCCUCUCGACGAAGACAGAACAACAGUGGAGGAUAAGAGCACUCCUGAUGUGAAAGUGCGAGAAAAGAAACAAGAAUCCCCAUCUCCAGCCUCUGAAACAAAAAAAGCACCAACCGGCCGAAUGCUCUACGUGCCCGCAUCUUACAUGGCUCGCUUGCGUACCAAAGCAAUGAACGAUCUCACCUCCCUCGAUGCCUCACAAAUUACUUAUAACACUUCAAACUCCUCCGAGCCCAAACCCUUCCUUUCCGACGGUGAUAUCUUUUCCGCGUGGUUAGUCAAACACCUCGUAUCCGCCGAUGCCACGCUUCUUAAGUCCCCGCCCGUUCGACCAGUCAUAUUCGUCAAUGUAUUGGGAAUGCGAGACGUGCUGUCGACAUCUUCAACCAAGUACAAAGUCUUGAUCCCAAGAGGAACAGCGUUCAUCGGGAACGCGGCAACUGGCAUCGUCUCUCCGUUCAGUCUAAAGCAAUUCCUGGACAUGCCACUAGGCCAUAUUGCUGCUCGUAUACGUAAAGACCUAGUUGAGCAAGGGAACAGGGAGGCUGUCGAAGCUUCUCAGCGUGCGAGCCGUAUCGAACAACAGACUAACAUGGCACCACCGGAUGCGCAAAUGGCGCCAGCAGUGUUCGUAGUCUCUAAUUGGGCAAAGGCCAAGUUGUUUGAAGUCAAUUUCAGCGCUGCAGUUGUUUCUCGUACCGACAACCAGGGCGGGCCUGUCGGUAAGUCUACUACUGGCAAGCCCACAUAUAUUCAUGUGUACGGCACCGACAAACGGGCAAGUGGUUCAGGUGUAGGCCCAGGUGGUAUUGGAAAUUGUGUAGGUAAGGAUGCGAGGGGAGGAUAUUGGCUUGGAGGAAUCUGUUCUGGAGGGUGGGCGGAGAGGUUUGAGAAGGCUGUGUUGAGCGAUGCAUAG